AAGACCAUGACUGACGUGGCUUGCAAAUUUUCAUUACGUGGCCUGUCAAAGACCUCCAUGUGGAGGCUCAAAUGAAACUCGAUGGUGACGCUCAAGUCUAGGGUUCACUUUGAUCAUAAUUAAAGCCCUAAAUUACCAAUUGAUCAAAAAUUCCGAAAUCUACUCAAAUUGCGGAGAAAAUCGCGGGCUUUUGAAUUCAGAAUUCGGAUUCUGCUAUACCACCACCAUCUCAAAUAGUUGAUUCGUCUUGCAACCAUGACUGAGAGAAAAAAAAGGUGUGAUGUGUGCAACAUCUUCAUAUCCAACAAUGCUCCCAUCAUCAAGAUACAUGAGCAAAGCCUACGCCACAGAGAAAAUGUUAAGAAGCUGUCUAACAUGACAGAAAAGAAAGAUGCUAAAGAUAAAGAAAAAAAGAAAACUACCCGUGCUCUCAAACAAAUUGAAGAGAAAGCGAGUCAUAGUUAUCAAAAUGACAUAUCAACCUUAAAGGCCAGAGAUUCUGAUGCAACUUCAUUAGAUGCUCAAACAAGUAGUGAAGGGAUAGGUGAUCAAUUUACAAUGUAUGGAGAAUGGGAGUACGACACCUCAGCAGGUUAUUUCUACAACCAAACUAACGGUUGUUAUUAUGAUCCAAAAUCGGGUUUCUUCUACACAAAUGCUUUAGGUAAGUGGGCAACACUGAAAGAGGUUCUUGCUGCUGCAACAAAACUUUCUUCACAAAAGAAACCAAAUCUUGUCACAUCCAAAUCUCCUUUCCAAAAUGGUCAACAUGAGAAAGAUAAUGUCACCAAGUCAAAGAAGCCAUCUAACAUGGUAGAAAAGAAAUUUUCUAAAAAGAAAACAUCCCGUGUUCUCACACUCGCACAAAUUGAAGAGAAAGAGAGUAAUGCAACUUCAUUAGCUGCUCAAACAAGCAGUGAAGGGAUAGGUGAUUGUGGUCAUCAUCUCUCUACAAUGUUUGGAGAAAAAACGUGUUACCCGAUAGACUUGAUGCCAAUGCUAGAUGGUCAUGAUUGGGUGCGUGACACCUCAUCCGGUUAUUACUACAACCAAACUAACGCUUGUUAUUAUGAUCCAAACUCCGGCCUCUACUACCCUCAUGAUUUAGGUAAGUGGGUAACACUGAAAGAAGCUCUGGCUGCUACACCCAAACUGGCUUCCAAAAGUCAACCUCAACCCUCAUCAUCUGUAGAUAUAAAGAAGAGAAAACAACCAGAUUCCAAGCCAAAACUGGUGUCUCAAGGGGAAGAGGCUGCAGUCAAAGCAAGGGAGGUAGAAAGGAAGAGAGUAGAGGAGAGGGAGAAAUUUUGUAAACUCCCAAUUAGAUUCACUUAUGCAAGGAAGAAGAGGAAAGACUGACUGAUCUCAAUGUAAUAUAUUUGGUCAACAGGGGUAAUAUUGUCUAUUACAUACUUUUAUAGUUAGGUUGGUGCUAAUAUGUUGGUAUAAGUAGUUAGUUGGCAUCUUUUCACAAAAUCAGUUAGAGUUGAAGGGCGUGUUUGGUACGGAGCUUUUCAAAGCGUUUAAGAGCUUCUAGCGUUUGACAAAACGCUCUGUUUUAAACAGAAAACCUUGUUUGGCACUACAAACUUCUAGCGUUUAAAUUAAACAAAAUGCUCCAAAUCCAAAUGCUACUUCAUGUAGCUUUUAACAAAACGCUACCAGCUAGAAGCUACUCGCUUCCAGCUACAAGCUAUCUGCUACCGGAUAUUUUUGCCAAACACGUCCGAAAUCUGGGAAGUACUGGCUCAGAUUUUUGUGUGUAGUCAUUCCAUUUCCAGUUCAACUUUCGAUUCAAGUCAUAUCUAUCUAUUCUUAAUGCUACUGUAUACAAAAUAUUCACUCUGGUCUUUAUAACUUAUAAGCAGUGAUCUAUUUUUUUUUUUAUUGUGUAAUGUUAUG